AUGUCGAAGAUAAGCGCCUCAUCGCCAAAAGUACUCGGUCUCUUCGCCCUCCUCUUCCUGGCCUCCUGCUUUUUGACCUUGUCCCUCCGCUCCAACCCAUCAACAGCCUACGCCCGCCAACGAAAUCACCCCUCCGUUCACGGGCGCAAGAAGAAUCUUCCAAAUGUGGCUUUCGUAACCUUCCUCGGCGCCUUCACUGGCGGCAUCGACCCCAACAAACCAGAAGACGAUAACGAUGAUGGCUACUAUGUUUCCACACGCGUACUGGGCUACCAAUUGAUGCAUUCGCCCACCGCAGGCACGAACGCAUCCAUCCCCUUCGUGGUGGUCGUCACGGACGAAACACACCCACGCAAACGCGCUCGAUUGGAAAAAGACGGCGCCAUAGUGAUAGAAGUUUCUCGCAUCUCUCCCGGAUGGGCAAUUCCAGGNGACCCACGCUGGAAAGACAUGAUGACCAAACUGCGACUCUUUGAACUUGUCCAGUAUUCGAAGAUUUGUUACAUUGAUUCUGAUCAUUUGGUUACGGACCGCUUGGAUGGCAUUUUCUAUGAUGAAGCUACGAUCACGCAGCAUACAGCACAAGACACGGUCAACUUGCAUGAAGACGAAGCAACAAUGCCUAGGACCUAUAUAAUGGCAGCGCAUACCGACUACUGGGGCUACGAUCACCCUUACCCGCCCCCUACCGAUGGCAACUACAUGAACUUUGGAUUUACGGUGUUUUCGCCUUCAGUGCAGUUGUUCAAGUACUAUCUUUCUGUAUUGGCGGUACCUGGCAGAUUCGAUAUGGGUAUGCAAGAGCAGAGUCUGAUCAACUACGCGCAUAGACGCGAAGGCAAUAUGCCUUGGAAACCGCUGUGGCAUGGGUGGAAUGUCAAUUGGCCGACGGAAAAGGAUUGGAGGGGUGGAGCGAAGAGUUUCCAUGCGAAGUAUUGGGAUACUGAUCCGAGUCAUGACAAAGUGCUCAAGGGCAUCUGGAGGGAGCAAAGGGCUGAGAUGGAGGGUUUCUAUCGUGGUAGAGAUGGUGGGAAGUGA